AUGUACAUCGCCAACGACCUUGCAAGUCUCAUACCCAGAGAGGACGACGGCACGGAGACCGCUAGAUCCUUCAGAAGCUGGGAUACUUGCAUGGACAAUAAUGUGUGCAGAAUAACUGCUUGUGUUGGUAUAACAGUGGCAAUUCUUGUCGGUAUAGCCAUAUUCGCUGCUUGUGUUAGAGGUUGCAGGCACCUGCUCAGUUUCUCAGAAGCCUUCUGCUGCUGUUGUCCCUGCGGCAGAAGAGUGAAAUACGAAGAACCAGUGGAGCUAAAACCCAUUCAAGAUCCAGUCAUGUACCCUCCAAAGCGCUACUUCAGUCAACCACCACCACCUCAAGCACCACCAGCAUACCAUGUUGCCGACGGCUACGAAGGCAACUCCAACGGGACCGUCAGCGGGUACUACGGCCCUGAGGUCCCAGAUUAUAGACAAGAAAAGAACUGGGGAUAA